CUUAAGGCUCCUAAUUCAAAACAAAUUAAAUUGUUUGAUCUUAAAUAUUCUUUCAAGAAAUCUAGGGGAAGAAAGUUGAAAACCAUAUGCUGCUGAAUAAGUUAAAGAAGUAAAGUGCAAAACCAAAGCACCAAAACAUACAUCCCCCGAAUGGCCCAAUAUUAAAAAUGCUUUUCAAAAAAGUAUAGUUUUUUAGUAUCUACUUUUUUAAAAUAAUUCAUGUCCAAAAAAAGAAAAAAGAAAAAAAAGAAACCGCAUGGUUUGAAUUCCACCAAAAUAUCAUUUUUUUAAUAAUGCCACUUCCCAUUAUAUAAAGAUCCCUUCCACUCUCUUGCUCUUUUUGUGAGAUCAAUAUUUCUAAUAAAUACCCAAUAAAUUAAAUCCAAUUCCCUUAUAUUUUCUCCUCAUAAACUCAUCAAUGAAGUGUUCAACCAAAGGAGAAAAGGUUCAAGCCAUGAAAAACUACAAGAGGGCUAAGUUUCUUUACAAUCUUGUUCUAUACUCACUCACAUCUUUGAUCACUUUCUUCGUCUUUUCGUAUUACUACCCUUUGUUUCCUUCUACGAAAGACUUUCCGUCGUUUCCUCCAAACAAUCUUUCCUUUUUUCUCAACGCCAAAUGCUUCUUCGUCGUUGGAAAUAUCAUUGUUCUUAUCCUAAUAGGAGAGUCGAAGCUAAAACAAUCUUCACAUUCAUGCUCCUCGUCCUCAGAUAUGUUGUACGACGAAUAUAUUGCAAGAAGUCGUAGAAGUUAUAACGUAAACUCCAAUGAGAUCAAUAAUAUUGGAGCCGUGAAAAAUCCAAGUGUUGAAGUGAAGAAAGAUGGAGGCCGAGAGAAAAUAGUUCGUCAUAGUGAAAAGAAAAAGAAAAUUACAAUUAGAACGAGCAAGAGUAGUGCUAAUAUAUGUAUGCCUCGUGAUCAAGAAAAUAAAAAGUUGGGAAUGAGGUCUUGCAAAAGUGAAGUUUGGGGUGAAAGUGAGAUUGCGAAAACGCGAAAAAUGACAACGGGGAAAGAAGAGGAGAUUUGUGUACAAGGAGAGGAGUUGAACAAAAGAGUGGAAGCUUUUAUUGCAAGAGUUAACAAACAAAGGUUGCUUGAAGCUAAAUUAGUAGAUCACUAUAAAUAGAUCUUUUACAUAAUUUAAGGAUCAAUAAAUUGAGUUUGGUUUCAUUUUUGUAGUUUCAACAUGAGAAAUUCAUGACUUUUAGUAGGUGAGUUACUAAGUUUUGUACUAUUAUUUUUCUAAAUUAAAUGAUCAAAUUAUUGUGGUGAUUUAUAUUAAAGUGUAUAUAACAAUCUGGCUUUUGUGUUUGCAAAAACUGAUUUAAAAUUAGAAGUUAGUGAUUAUGAGUUAAGUGGGUAUUAAGUGUUUAUUUUUAAAAGUUGUGCUUACAAAUAUUCAGGAAAAAUCAACUUAAAUUAAAAAAA